AUGGCGCCCGCCUUGCCCGAAGCAGCCGCAGCAUCUGCGAACACAUCGACUCUUGCAAACACAGGAUUCAGGUUGGGCGAAGAGCAACAAUUUUCAGAUGCGAGCGACAGCGACCAAUCACAGACGAGCCAGCGAAGCGCCUCCCCGAGGCGAGCAAACGGCAUGGGACCUGCGACCAAGUCGAAAAAGAAAAAGCAAAAGGACCGACGCAAGAUGGGCGCACUGGCUGAUGAAUUAGUCGACGUCUUGGGUGACGCCUUUUCGGCACCCCAAGCUGACCUGCAGACUGGCUCGGUUCAGCAACCGAACGGUGACCAGACUAUGGCAAUUGAUUCGGAGCCUGCGGGCAAGAAGAUGAACAAACGCACUCGUCAAAACCUUGCCAGAAUGCAGGCUCGCAAAGAAAGAAAAGUGGCUAAUCCCAAGAUGGACAUGUCGGAAGACAAAACACUACAGGCUCAGAUCGUGGCUGCGGAGCGGAGAGGCAUGUCUUUAGACGAGUACCGAAAAAUCAGCAGUGGCAAGGGCAUGUCCAAGGCCGCUGCACGGAGAGCAAAGAAAGACGCCAUCAGGAGAGAAAGAGCGGCUGCACCAGUGGAUGAGAUGGAUAUCGGUUAG